CCUCACAAUUAUAAUACUGGCAGCAGCAGCUAGCGUGCUAGCAGGACACACAACCAAAAACUAUUCUUUUGGUAUUUGUUCCCUCAAUUCAGCUUUGCUUUCUCUCUCUCUCUAGCUAAGCUAGACUUCCUCUCUCCCUCUCACUCUAGAGAGAGGGAGGAAGAGAUCUGAAGGCAGGGAUCGUUCGAUUGAGGUUGAGGGAGGGAGUUAGGCAUGGACGACUUCAUGCAGUGGGCGAUGAACACGCUGGACCAGCAGCAGUACCACGCCGCCUCCGCCGCCGCGGCUCCUCCCGUAUACGGUGGCGCUGGCUCCAGCUCCGGUGGCAGCAGUGCUGGUGCCGCCUUCCCGUCGCUGCAGGCGCUCCGCGAGUCCACGGCGGCCGGCGGCGGCGUCAGGGACCUGAGGGUGCAGGUGGACCACCACCAGCCCAGCAGCUGGAGCACCAGCUCCGGCGACAGCCCCGGCGCCGCCAUGGACCACGACGCGGCCGCCGCCGGACCCGGGUGGUCCCCGCACAUAGCCCGCGCCAGGACCAGGACCACGACCACAAGCAGCAGGCCCAUGAGCUGGAACUUCAGCGCCGGCGCCGCGUCCUCGCAGGCCGCGCAGCUGCCAGCCGACAUAGACAUCUCCCCGCGGCCGGCUGCCGCCCCCAGAGGCCACAGUACGCCCGCCGCGGGGAGGAGAUCGGUAGGCAGCGCGCAGGGCACAGCCGGCUCGUCAGCAUCGCCGGGGCCCGUGCAGGACCACAUCAUCGCCGAGCGCCGCCGCCGGGAGAAGAUCAACCAGCGCUUCAUCGAGCUCUCCACCGUCAUCCCCAACCUCAAGAAGAUGGACAAGGCGACGAUUCUUGGGGACGCGGUGAAGUACGUGAGGGAGCUGCAGGACAAGGUGAAGACUAUGGAGGACGACGACAGCGCCGCCGCUACCACCACCACCACCAUCCGCUCCGCCGUGCUCGUCAGCAAGAAGAUCAAGGCCGACGACGACGACGACGACGAGGACGCCGGCGAGUCGAGCCACGGCGGGCUGCCGGAGAUCGAGGUGCGGGUGUCGGGCGAGAAGACCGUGCUGGUGCGGAUCCACUGCAAGAACGCGAGGGGGCUGCUGGUGAGGGUGCUGGCAGAGGUGGAGGAGCUCCGGCUCGCCAUCACCCACACCAGCGUCAUGCCCUUCCCGGCCGACACCGCCAUCAUCACCAUCACCGCAAAGGUGGAAGAGGGGUUCAACUCAACGGUGGAGGAGAUCGUGACGCGGCUCAACUCGUCGCUGCGCCAACACUAUGCUGACAAUAAUUCUGAUGAUCGAAAUAGUGCCACCAAGAGAGAAUGCUAAGCUUAAUUAGCUAGCUCAUGCAAGUCGAUGGAUCGAGCCUUUCCUUGGAUGAUUUUAUAUUCUGAAAAUUGAGAGAUAAAUUCAUGGUGAGGAAUUCCUCGUUACGAUGGUGUGCAUCAGUGCAUGCAUGCAUGCAUGAUCAGCUUAUAGAUGCGUGCAUGCAUGGCGACGAGGAUUUCUCAGCAACAGGUUUGCAAGUUUUGGUUGCUAGCUAGCUACUUGCUGUUGCUCAAUCCCAAUCACACUGAUGAAAUAAUGACGCCAGCCAUAUAUGCUUGGAUUUUCGGAUAA